GCGUAAAAGGCUGCGCGUAAAGCUCCGACUCUCAACAAGCUUAAAAUCUUCCUGUUUUGUGUCCUGAUUCAGGUCGAUGUGGACGAGGUGAAAGACCAAACGGAGUCACGAGAGGAUUAAAGCAAAUUUUCUGCCAUAUUUUUUUUUAUUAUUAUUAUUUCUUCUCAUCGCUGCCCCUCCGUCCGGCCGCCAGCAUGAUGUCCUAUCUGAAGCAGCCGCCGUACACGGUGAACGGACUGAGCUUAUCUACCUCAGGAGCGGACCUGCUGCAUCCUUCAGUGGGAUACCACGGGACCCCUCGCAAACAGAGGCGAGAGAGGACGACCUUCACCCGGGCCCAGCUCGACGUGCUGGAGAGUCUCUUCAACAAGACUCGGUACCCUGACAUCUUCAUGAGAGAGGAGGUGGCCUUAAAGAUCAACCUGCCCGAAUCUAGAGUGCAGGUUUGGUUCAAAAACCGACGAGCGAAACAUCGCCAACAGGCCCAGCAAACCCAAAGCGGAGUGCAGAACAAGGCGAUUAGCAAGCCGGUGAAAAAGAAAAGCUCCCCGGUCCGAGAGGCGAGCUCAGAGAGCGGAGCCAGCGGCCAGUUCACGCCGCCCUCCAGCACCCCUCUCCCGGCUGUGAGCAGCAGCAGCGCGGCGCCGGUGUCUAUCUGGUCCCCGGCCUCCAUCUCCCCGCUGUCCGACCCUCUGUCUACCUCCUCCUCCUCCUGCAUGCAGCGCUCCUAUCCUAUGACGUACACCCAGGCGCCGGGCUACAACCAGGGCUACACGGGCUCCUCGUCCUACUUCACCGGCAUGGACUGCGGCUCCUACCUUUCACCUAUGCACCACCAGCUUUCAGCCGCGGGCUCCGCCAUGAGCCCCAUGGGUAGUAACGGGGUAUCCGGCCACCUGAGCAACGCGUCCUCCCUGUCCUCGUCGGCGUACGGCGCGGCGGGGCUGGGCUUCAGCGGCGCUGCAGACUGCCUGGACUAUAAGGACCAAACAGCCUCCUCAUGGAAGCUCAAUUUCAACGCGGACUGUUUGGAUUACAAAGACCAGGCAGCGUGGAAAUUUCAAGUGUUGUGAGAGAAGAGAAUUGAAGGAACAAUUGUCACAGACUUUAAAAUAAACCCAAGGUUGGGAGCAGCACCACAACAAGCCCCAACUUCUACCUCCUCGGGCGGAGCAGCGCAGCGCAGCGCAGAGCAGGACUGCCAGCCGGCUGUCUCACAUGUUGGGUUAACUUAUUGAACAUUCACUGACUUCUCCCCAACUUUGAUCAAGGACACGGAACAAAUGUGUCGACCAAAAGGAAAAAAAGGAUCAAAAGAGUGAAACUUGAGUUGGAGGAAUAGGUCAGGGUUUUUUCUAAGCUCCUUAAAGACUCCACUCUCUUGUCUUUUUUUAUUUUGUUGGCAGCUGAAGGGCCCCUUUGAUCAAAGCGUUGUGCAUGAGUGUGUGUGCUGUAGAGGAAGUGUGUGUGUGUGAGAGAGAAAGAGAGCAGCUCUGACAUGGAUGCACUAUUAAUUUAUGAGAAGUGUUUAGUUAUAAGAGACAAUCAGUCCGUGUGCGUGUGCUCAUAAAUGUCCUUUAAGUGUUUCUGGAUCAUCCCCCUCCAUGUGUUAGAUUUUUCUUUUUAAAUAUGUGAUUCUUUGUACAACCUGUAUGCAAUUGUUGCUUCGCGCCACAGCUGUGAAUUUGAUAGAUUUAUUUCCAUGUCUCCGGUGUUAAAUGAUAAAUUAUUCUGAGGACAUAUUAGCUGAAUGAAAUAGGGAGUGCAGAGUGAAGCGAGCCAGCAGCAAGCAGGCGAUCUGAGCUGUAAAGUGAAGGCCACAAACACACUAAAUAACAAUAAAGACCGCUUGA